AACUUUCUUGGAGCUUUCGUCCGAAAUCAAAUGAGAAUACAUGGCUUCUCAAGAAAAGCCGAAAUGGCUAUCACAUAACAAAUGUCUGCCAAAGCAAUUUUAAUUUAUCACCUAAGAGAGAAGAUGAUGCCAAUACUGAUCCAAAUUCUGAGAUGGCUGAUGCAGGAAAAAGUAUGGAGAUUUGUUGGUUUUGCUUCAGCUAUUGUUGGACUAGUCUGUUAUGCUCUCAGCUCUUCAUUUAAUUAUCUGUUUGGUGAGUGGAACUUGUCAAAGAUAAUUCUUUACAGUGUUAUAAGUUUCAUAAUCUGUCUUAUGAUUUUGUAUCCAAAGGUAUGGCAAUCAUCCAGAGGUCUGAAGUUCAAAGCUCAUACCGCCUUUUUUGUUUUGACCCUCACCUCAGUUUAUUCUUUUAUAUAUGAUAAAGUGGUGAAUGAGAAACCAGAUGCUUAUAGCCUCAUUUCAUGUGCUGCCUUUGCUAUCAUGUCACUCAGUUUGUCGAGACAAACUGAGAGACAAACUCAGUGUGGAUUUGAAGUUGAUCUUCUUUAUUUUUUUCUUGGAUGUCUAAUUGUGCAACUCAUGAAGGUAAAAUUGCAGUUAGCUGUUGUUGGAGUUGGUUUCAGCUAUUUCGUUAUCAUUUUUCGCUCUGCCUUUUCUUCUUCAGCAGCAAGAAACGGUUAUGCUGGGCUCCCGAGUGAAAAUUCAGUAGUCGUUGAAGUGGACUCACUACUUACGAGGACACUUCAGCUGGAAAAUCCGAAUCUAAUGGACAUGAUUUUAGAGCUGGUGAAAAAAUAUCGUGAAGAAAAAACACGACGAAUUUUUAUUCAAUGGAAACUAUUGGAGCCCAAUCAUGCUAUCAUGACGGAUCCGAUUCCAUCGGGAAAGAUCAACGACAUUCGUGAAAUUGCAAAGUUGAUGGUUGGUGCAAGAGUUGAAGAGGAGUUCACCAACAAGUACAUCAGUAACCGCAGGGGAUUUUUGCAAGAACUCCUAAUUAAUAAAUUGUUGGGUUUGCAAGAUAUCAACAUCGAUGACGACAAUGUGAAAUAUGCAGAGACGAUGGCUAAGAAUUGGAGCAUUGCUUUUGAUGCCGCUCUCUGUAUAUUAUUUCCAAUUGAACAAAGACUUUGUGACCUUGUCUUUUCCGGUAUCUCUUCUACCGCUGCUCGUUGUUUCACGGAUAUUUGCGAAGAAGCCAUAUGUCAGAUGCUGAAUUUUGCCCUUGCAGUUACCGAUGGAAGGCCCUCAGCAUGGCGUUUGCUCAAUAUAAUUGAAAUAUAUCGGUCAUUGUCUCAUUUUGGACCGAAAUAUCAAUCAUGGUUUCCUGAUUCGUUGGUGACAAAAGUGAUAGCCACCCUUAAGAGGUUAGGAGAAACAAGCAGAGACCUUUUCAUGGAAUUGGAUAAUCUAACUUUUUAUGUCCCAAUAGCGAAGCAAGUUUCUCCGGCAUAUGGCCUCUAUCAUCCAAUCACAGACCAUGUCACAGACUACCUCGAUUCUAUUCAUUGCUCACAGAAGAUGCUGGAGGAAAUUUUAUCAAAAUACCCCAAGGUUGUUGCUUCUGAAGUGACAACUUCUUGUUCAUUUACAGCGCAGAUUAAAAGGAUGAUAGCACUGUUAGAGACAGAAUUGAUAGCUAAGUCUAAAAACUACAAGUACCCUGCUAUGCAGCAUCUUUUCAUGAUGAAUAAUAGGAAACGCAUAGAACAAAUGUUAAAUAAGAUACACUGGAAUUCUAGCUUCUAUAUCGGUGAUGAUUGGUUUCCAGAAAACCAAGCAAAAAUCCAACAACACAUUGAGCUUUAUCAUAGAAACUCGUGGAGUAAGGUGAUCAGGUUUCUCAAGGUUGACAGCAAUGAGUUGGGUGUUACACAAGAGUCAUUGAUAGACAAGCUCAAUUUGUUCAACAUACACUUCGAGGAGAUUUGUAGUGAACAAUCCAUGUGGCUUGUUUAUGAUAAAGAGCUUAGAAAAGAAGUAAUAGAGUCUGUGGAAAACACUUUGCUACCAGCAUACGGAAUCUUCAUGGGAAAGUUUCAGGAUUUUCUUGGCAACCACGCCUACAAAUAUAUUGAAUAUGGACUAUUUGAGAUUCAAGAUCGACUCAGCCAUUUGUUUCUGGUAAACAGUAAAGAUGAUUCAUUUGUUUCGGGUGGAUUAUUAUAAUUUUGGGGAAACAUAUUAGAUCUCAAAAUAUUAGAAUGUAUUGUUAUUGUUAAUUCUAAU